AUGACAGACGGCAUAGACAAGCGAAUACCGGUCUGGUUGGACGUCGACACAGGGCAUGAUGACGUCUUUGCCAUUCUCAUUGCGGCACAUCAUCCGCAGUUGAACUUCCUGGGUAUUAGCUCAACCCAUGGCAAUGCUCCGCAAAUCCACACCACGAACAACACAAGUGCUGUGCUCAAUGCCGUGGGGAGGACCGAUGUCAAGGUCUAUCCUGGAUCGCUGAAGCCGUUCUGCCGAGAAGAAGUCGAGACACCGGACAUCCAUGGUCCCACAGGCUUGGGUGGUACGAGUCUUCUCCCGCAGCCAACGACAAAUAUCGUCAAGGAUGUGAAUUUUCUGGUUGCCACUCGCGAUGCUAUCAUGGCCCAGCCACCUCAAACUGCAUGGUAUGUGGCUACAGGCCCUUGCACGAACGCUGCACUGCUUUUCUCGGCCUAUCCUGAGGUCGCCCACCAUCUUGCUGGAGUGAGCAUUAUGGGUGGUGCGGUUGGAGGCGAUUUCUGCCCUCAGGUCUCGAAAGAAUUUGGCAAAACCUUGGGUCAAGGGGAAGGAUUUGGCAACGAGACUCCUUGGGCAGAAUUCAACAUCUAUUGCGACCCCGAAGCCGCCCAAGCUGUCUUUUCGAACCCCGUGGUAGCAGCCAAAACGACUCUCGUCACACUCGAUCUGACGCAUCAGUGUCUGGCGACCACGGAGGUCCGAGCACGGUUCUUGGGAUCUGACAAGCCCAGCCAGCUCCGUCUCUUUCUCCACGAGAUUCUCACCUUCUUCGCACAGAGUUACGUCGAGUGGUUCGAUGUGUAUGAAGGGCCUCCGUUGCAUGAUCCGCUCGCGGUGGCUGCCCUGUUCGGAUAUUCCAGUGGCAUAUACGAGGAAGACGGCGAUCGAUACCAUGUCAAAGUUGUGACGGACGGAGCACAUAGCCCACUGGAUGCGGUCAGAGGACAAGUAGGCAGGACCAUUGUCGAGAAAGUAGAGGCAGGACCCGAUGGUGUUGCUAGAGGCGUGAGGAUUCCUAGAAAACUGCAUACACAUACAUUCUGGGAUGUCUUGGAGCAAUGCACAAAGACUGCCGAUGAGAUGUCACGUUGA